UAUUAUUACCAAAUUUUCUGGGCUAUAUAGAACGCCUUCAAAGGCAUUGCACACACUAAAUCAUACAGCUCCAAAUGUUCCCUUCCAUUUGCUUAUUCAUUCUUCUCUUUUCUUCACUCUUGGAAUUCUGCACAGCUAUUGAUACGUUGACCUCUAAUGCUACCAUCACAAAUGGGGAGACUUUGGUAUCCUCGGGCAAAAGCUUUGAAUUAGGAUUCUUUUCCCCCAGUAAUUCAAGCAAAUGGUACAUAGGAAUAUGGUACAAAAAAUUCCCAGAAAUUGUCGUGUGGGUUGCAAACAGGGAAACUCCUUUAUGGAAUUCAUCUGGAGUUCUAACUAUUAGCCCUGAUGGGGAUCUUAUUCUCCUGAAUGGUAUAAGAGGCGUUUCCUGGUCAUCAAACUCUUCGGGAAGAGUCCAAGGGUCAGUUGCACAGCUAUUGGAAUCUGGGAAUCUUGUUCUCAGACGAAAGGAUGAUAAUUCAGAAACAUAUUUAUGGCAAAGCUUUGAUUUCCCAUCUGAUACGCUUUUACCAGGAAUGAAGAUAGGAUGGAACUUGAGCGCCAACGUAAAUAGGUAUUUAACAGCAUGGAAAUAUGACACUGAUCCCUCUCCUGGAGACAUCACUUACAGAAUCGACAAUCUAGGGAUGCCUCAAUUUGUUCUUCGAAAGGGAUCAAAGAAGCUAUUCCGCACCGGGCCAUGGAAUGGAAUUCGAUUUAGUGGUUCCAGAGCUGUGUCGAACAAAGUUUUCAAACCAGUUUUCAUUUAUAACGAUGAAGAAUAUAUGUACGAGUUCACCGACAAUUCAUUUAUCAGCAGGUUCACUGUAACUUCAUCAGGUUUGCUCCAACGUCUUGCACUGAACCAAGGGGAUUCCUCAUGGACUAUUCUGCGUUCCUCGCAAAAUGAUCAAUGCGACGAUUAUGGACGUUGUGGCCCAAAUGGCAUUUGCAAAAUCAGCAACAAGCAAUUUUGUGAAUGCUUAUAUGGAUUUGUCCCUAAAUCUCAGAAUGUAUGGGACAUACUUGAUUGGUCCAGUGGAUGUGUGAGAAGGAUUCCCUUAAAUUGCCAGCAAGAAGAAGGAUUUGUAAAGCUCAGCAAUGUGAAAUUGCCAGAUCUCUUGCAGUUUUCGCUAAACAAGAGCAUGAGUCUAAACCAAUGUAAGUCUGAAUGCUUGAAAGACUGCUCUUGUAUAGCUUAUGCAAAAUCAGAUAUUCGUGAAGGUGGUAGUGGCUGUUUCAUGUGGUUUGGGGAUCUGAUUGAUAUUCGAGAGUCUUCUGAGAAAAAUGGGCAAGAUGUGAUCUAUAUAAGAAUGCCGGUGUCAGAACUUAGUAAGUGCACAUCGGAUUAUAUAAUUCAAUCUUGUUUUAGAUUUCUCAGAUUCAGCCACUGCACUUUCUUCCAGGAAUUUGGAAAUAGUAAAAAUACAAGGCUUGUGCUGAUCUUGGUCAUAUCACUACUUUCUGGAGUGCUUAUCCUUGGCUUCUUGAUCUGGUGUCUUCCCCAAUAUUGCAAAAGGAAAAGAGGAUUUGAGACCAAAGAUGAAGAUAUAGAGAUACCCAUGUUUAAUCUGAUUACAAUUACUACUGCAACUGAAAACUUCUCUCUGACAAAUAUAAUAGGAGAAGGUGGUUUCGGAAUCGUGUACAAGGGUACAUUAUCAACAGGGCAAGAAGUUGCAGUGAAGAGACUUUCGAAGAAUUCUGGACAGGGUCUUCAAGAGUUUAAGAAUGAAGCAGUUCUGAUUGCCAAACUUCAACAUCGAAAUCUUGUAAGGCUUUUGGGUUGUUGCCUUGAAGGAGAUGAAAGGAUGCUAAUUUAUGAGUAUAUGCCCAACAAAAGCUUGGAUUAUUUCAUUUUCGAUCAGCAUAGAAAAGCAUUGCUUACAUGGCAAAAGCGCUUUGAUAUUAUUAUGGGCAUUUCAAGAGGACUUCUUUACCUUCACAUGGACUCUAGAUUGAGAAUUAUUCACAGAGAUCUCAAGACAGGCAACAUUUUGCUAGACAGUAACUUGAACUCAAAAAUUUCUGAUUUUGGCCUCGCGAGAAUUUUUUGUGAAGAUCAAACUGAAAGCAAAACAAAGCGAGUUAUUGGAACAUAUGGGUAUAUGUCACCUGAAUAUGCUGUAGAUGGUAAGUUCUCAGUGAAAUCUGAUGUCUUUAGUUUUGGAGUAUUGUUAUUAGAGAUUGUGAGUGGCAAAAAGAAUCGGACAUUUCACCAUCCUGGCCAUCAUCAUAAUCUAGCAGGUCAUGCAUGGUUAUUGUGGAAUGAAGGCAGGGCAGAGGAACUAAUGGACGAUAUUUAUGAGCUAUCUUUCGUCGAAUCUGAAGUACUUAAAUGUAUUCACGUAGGUCUAUUGUGCGUCCAAAAACUACCGGAAGACAGGCCAACAAUGGCAUCAGUUGUUGUCAUGUUAAGCAUCGAGGGUGUGACAUUGCCACAACCUAAAGAGCCUGGGUUUUUCACGGAGAGAAGUUGCACAGGAUCAGAUAUGUCAAGAAAUGAAGAAAGAUAUCUCACCCAUAAUAUGGUGACAGUAACUAUGCCAGAAGCAAGAUAAAAUAUUUAUGUACACAUAACCAUGUGAAUGAGUUGCAUAUAGUAGUACUAUUGUUACCUUGUAAUUCUUCCUAGCAUGCCAUAUACUGAAGAUAUUUCGUGUGUGCACUAUUGAACUUCACACCCAACUGGGCUAUGUUUAAAAGAAAGAUAGAAAUGUCGACGGAAAUAUACUGAAAACAGCCCGGGCUACAAUGAUUUUUAGCA